GGUAGCCGCAGUUGCUCCCGUCUUGCUCGUGCUCGCAGCCCGCCCCUGCCUCCUGCUAGCCGCUUGCUCGUCGUGCUCGCUCCUGCUCAGUGUCUCCCUCUUCGACGUCUCCCCCUCGUGCUGCAGCUCAGUGCGACUGACGGAGUAGCAGCUCGUGACUCGCCAGCCACUUCCCCCCCUUCUCCCUAAGAACGCGCGGAUUCAAGGAUGCACGCGCCGGUGCUUGUUCUCAAGGAUUCUCUGAAACGGGAAUCUGGAAGAAAGGUGCAUCAUGCUAACAUUCAAGCUUCCAAGGCUGUUGCUGAUAUUAUUCGGACAACCUUAGGUCCACGAUCGAUGCUGAAAAUGCUACUGGAUGCUAGUGGAGGAAUAGUUGUGACGAAUGACGGGAAUGCUAUUCUGCGUGAGUUAGAUAUUGCACACCCAGCGGCAAAGUCAAUGAUUGAGCUCAGUCGCACACAAGAUGAAGAGGUGGGAGAUGGAACAACAUCUGUCAUAGUUCUUGCUGGUGAGAUGCUCCAUGUUGCCGAAGCAUUCAUUGAAAAGAAUUUUCAUCCCACUGUAAUUUGUCGUGCCUAUAAUAAAGCUCUGGAGGAUGCUAUUUCAGCUCUAAACAAAAUCGCAAUUUCAAUUGAUGUUAAUGAUCGUGCAGCUUUGUUGGGUCUUGUUAAGAGUAGUAUUGGUACAAAGUUCACCAGUCAAUAUGGGGAUUUGAUUGCUGAUUUGGCUAUUGAUGCUACCUCUAUUGUUGGUGUUGACCUGGGUCAAGGUUUGCGGGAAAUAGAUAUUAAGAAAUAUAUUAAGGUAGAAAAGGUCCCUGGUGGGCAGUUGGAAGAUUCGAGAGUCCUCAAAGGAGUUAUGUUCAACAAAGAUGUUGUUGCUCCUGGCAAGAUGAGAAGAAAGAUUGUCAACCCACGAAUCAUUCUGUUCGAUAGUCCCCUAGAGUACAAGAAAGGCGAGAACCAGACGAAUGCUGAAUUGGUCCGGGAAGAAGACUGGGCUGUCCUAUUGAGGAUGGAGGAAGAGUAUAUUGAGAGUCUCUGCAUGCAAAUUCUGAAGUUUAAGCCUGACUUGGUGAUCACUGAGAAGGGCCUUAGUGAUCUGGCUUGCCAUUACUUUAGCAAGGCAGGAGUCAGUGCCAUCAGGAGGCUGAGGAAGACGGACAAUAACAGAAUUGCAAAAGCUUGUGGGGCCACUAUUGUGAACAGGCCGGAUGAAUUGCAGGAAUCAGAUGUGGGCACUGGUGCUGGACUCUUUGAGGUUAAGAAAAUCGGGGACGAGUUCUUUGCUUUUAUUGUUGAAUGCAAGGAUCCAAAAGCUUGCACUGUGCUCUUGAGGGGUGCGAGCAAGGAUCUGCUUAAUGAAGUGGAAAGGAACCUGCAGGAUGCCACGUCUGUAGCAAGAAACAUUAUUAAGAACCCGAAGCUUGUCCCUGGUGGUGGGGCCACUGAGUUGACUGUCUCAGCUAUGCUCAAGCAGAAGAGCUCAUCUAUUGAAGGCAUAGAGAAGUGGCCUUAUGAAGCAGCAGCUAUUGCUUUUGAGGCUAUACCUCGGACUCUAGCACAAAACUGUGGCGUGAACGUGAUUAGAACCAUGACUGCUCUGCAGGGAAAGCAUGCAAAUGGAGAAAAUGCAUGGAUUGGCAUUGAUGGGAACACUGGUGCUAUUGCUGAUAUGAAGGAACGAGAGAUAUGGGAUGCAUACGAUGUGAAGGCACAGACCUUUAAGACUGCCAUAGAAGCAGCUUGCAUGCUGCUUAGGAUUGAUGACAUUGUAAGUGGUAUCAAGAAGAAGCAGCCCCCGGGAGCCAGCCAGGCUCCGAAGCCAAACGUCGAGACAGAGGCAGAUGCGGAUGGAGAGCAAAUACUUCCAGAUUAAGGAAUGAACCUUCCAUUCUCCCAACUAAAAAAUCCUUGGCCUUGGGGACUCUGCUUGCCUGCAAUUUUUGCGCUGCUGGCUUUAUUCGCUCCUAUGUUAUCUUUUCGUUACUUUAAUGGUAAGCUUUGAGUCGAAUAUGCCUUUCAUGAUCUUACCAGAUAUCUAUGUGGUUCUCUAUGGAAUAUCCUGUGGGAAUUAGUUGGUUAAAAGUGUUUCAAAUAGGAAAUCUGCUCCUUGCUAUGGAAUGAAAUGGUAACAGUGAAAGAACAUGGUUGAUAACCGAUUGGAUACAGGUGUUAAUGGCCUUCCCCUCUGUUAAA